GUUUGACAUACACCUCGCAGAAGGAUACGUAUCGACGGAUUUUCCGCGCGCGGUAGUGGAUGCAUAUCUCUCGCUGGAGACGCAAAAUCGGCGCGCGCGACUGAGACGAAUGCCGGUUUCGCGCGGCUUUCGUUCGAAGGAAUUAAUUGGCGAAGCUUAUAAACGUAUAUCGAUCAACGCGGCACGCGCAUACGACGAGCGCGACGUCGCCGAAAGAUGGCGAGGAAAUGACGGGCGGGGAACGGCGUAGUCAGAAUGAGGAUGCGGGAUGCAGGGAGGAAAGGACAGCGGUCGCGCGUGUCUCGCCAAGCUGAUCAAGGCUACGUCAGUGGGCUUGAGAGACGCGGAAACGUGACCGCGAUAGGGAGACGCGUAUCAACGGGCCGCCGCAGAAUCGGCACUACGGAAGAUUCAAACACGCGAGAGUUCAAACGGCCGAGGACGCGAACGAUGCGUGUGUCGUUUAUCGGCGAGAGCGCGAAAAAAAGAGCGGCCGUGUGCGAGCGUGUUACCGAGAGGAACGUGCGUUGGAACGUGCGUGCAAUCGCGAGAAUGUAUUUUUAGAAUUUUGGUAACUGUGCCGGCGCCACGACGAGACGGAAAAAUACAGGUCAUUAGGAUAAUAUGAUUGUCACACAGUUGUGCAAGAAUAGAGUAUAUGGUAGAAUGUAUCGAAUGUUACACAUACAACGGAACAUUUUUGAAUGGAGAAAAUUGUAUGUAACAACCUGAAGAUGAAUCCUGCUAAGAAGAAUUUGAUGAAUGUCAAUUUACACUGUCACAUGUGCAUAUACCUUGAAAUAAGUGUUUGUGCUGUGUCUCUGCCAUGCAAGAUACCAGCAGCUAAUGUCUCGUGAGUUUAAUUGUGACUGUCUCAAGAACUCAGUGCCUCCUUAGGAAGAUUAUUCAAGCAAGUCAAAAGGUGCAACUAGAUAAAGCCGCAAGAAAUCAUGUCUGAUAUUACUGUGCAAGAUUUACAGGAACUUGUCGAACAUUUCUCAAAAACCACCUACAGGACCAGAGAAGCAGAUCGUACAAGUCAAGCCGUCAUGCAACGAUGCCUGCUGCUCACUGGUUUAGAUUACAAUUAUUUUACAGUCGAUAAUAGCAAUGGCGAUCUUUGCGCGCAUUAUCCUAGCCAUCUUAUAAUAUUUAGAAACGACAAGUGUCGUCCAAUCAUAUGCUCGAAUUCGCGGUCAAUGCUGUCCAUAAAGGGAAACAUAGGUGACAACAUAGUUUAUAGCAUGUACGAUCCCAACAAGCUCAAAAAACUCAUGAUAGACGCGAGAAAUGCCAGGUGUCGCUCGAGAUUCCCGGUACCGGUGAUAUUUUACGAGGGUAAGCACGUGUGCAGAUCGGCGACGUUGUCCGGCGGGCCAGAAAUCUAUGGUAGAGCCGGAUUAGAUUACUUUUUUGGCGGUGACGACGAUCAUCAUUCCGUGCACGAACGGAUCAAACGGAUGGACAAGCCUCUACCUUGGAGGGAAGAUUACAUGGGACAAUCAAUGUUCACUGAUUGGCAACUAUUGGAUAGAGUUAGAUCGCAAGAUAUAAGGCUUUUGAGGGCACUUAUGGUAGAUACUAUCAUAGACUUCAUGGUUGAAAAGAAGAAAGUUAAAUAUGGGAUGAACGUGACUUCCUCGGAGAAGGUAGACAAAGAAAACAGAUACAGGCAUUUUACUCUCGUUUCACUGCCAUAUCCUGGAUGUGAAUUCUUCAAGGAAUUUAGAGAACACGAUUAUCUGCCCAAGGGCUUGGUAUUCGAUUGGUAUCAGAAUUACGUAGAUGCUCCAAUUUCUGUACCUGAAGACUCGAUAUCGAAUCAAUUGCGGAUCAGUUGGGAUCUAUACACAACGUGGGAUCUAGUCAAAUUAACGCAAAACUAUUUAAGAUUAAUACUGAGAUACUUGAGCGACAGUAACGACGGGAUAUUGAUUCAUUGUAUCUCAGGUUGGGACCGUACGCCAUUAUUUAUUUCGUUAUUGAGAAUUAGUUUGUGGGCUGACGGAGUGAUCCAUCAUACGUUGAAUUCAUACCAACUGCUCUACUACACUAUCGCCUACGAUUGGAUGCUUUUUGGGCAUAAUUUGGAGGAUCGGCUCAAUAAAGGAGAGGAGAUAUUCUUCUUCUGCUUUUAUUUCCUGAAACAUAUUUACAACGAUAAAUUCAGCAUACACAAGCAUCCAGAUAGCGUUAAACACAACGAUUCACAACCGGAUAAUUUCGUGAUUGGCAGCGAAUCCUUUGAAAUACUGAACCCUAAUGUAAGCCCCAACAGCUCGACCAGCUCCGAUAACCAAACAAGCGCGGAUAGCGAACCACCAGCUGUGUUUCAUGUCGAAUCUCCCGUGGAAAGUCAGGAUGACUCUGAAGACAACGGGAAUACUAUACCUGGCAAGCUUAAGACAUCUCCAAAGAAGGAAGUCAAUAUCGCAGGAGGCUCUCGUCCAUCAUUAUCUGCGAGUCGCACGUCUCCGGUCGGAGUCCCCAUACCAUGCAAUCCUGGUCUUCGACAAAGAAACGACUCGACAUCCUCGACUGGAUCGUGGCAGUUAGUAUCCGGGACUGGUAGUUUAUGUGGCUCCACGACUGUUAAUGCACCGCCGAUAGACACCGUGUGGUCUAUUGAUUCGGAUUGUAAGCCUCAUUGUAAAACUUGCACACUCGGAUACCGUAUAUCUCCUUCGGUAAAUGGACGAGGAUCUUCCGCGGAGAACAUCGACGAAGUUAUACAAGUGCGCAAGGAACGAUUAAAAUGUCUACGAAGUAUAUUUUAUAAGAUCUAUCCACAUAUUGGAUUUCGGAUGAAGGAAUAGCGAGACGGGUAACGUCGACCUGACCAGUACGUUAAUCUAGUGCUGUUAACUACGUGAAAAAAGUCGGUCAUUUCCACUGUACGCACACAGCUUUGUGGAUAAGACGUCAUUGAAUGGCUUCUUUGGCGCCAAUUUAUUGUUAAUGAUAUCAAUUUAAUAAUUUUAUAGACCGCGAUUCAGGAAUGAGAUGGUUACAUGUUAUUGUUUCGUUCAAGGACGAUUUUAUUGCUUCGCCCUCCCUCUUUCUUACAAAUGUUGCAUAAGAGUUGUAGCACGCUAUGUGCAAAGAUAAUUGAAUAAAACUUGAUAUUUUUGUAUA